UCAUAGUGUUGUCCUUUCCCAACCUUGCCCUGGCAGUUGCAAGUCCCAGAGUUCCACAGUUCCUGCCCUGCCAGCUCAUCUUCUCCAAGGGAGACCCUUUCCCUUCCCUGCCUCCAUCUCCAUCACCUUCUGGGACUCUUACCAGUAAGAAUGAGCUCUUCCCAAGAUGUUCUGGUUCCUUUUUUAGCUUCAGAUGUCUGCCACACCAGAGUCACUCUCCAGACAGAGCCAGCAAACCCCUGACCUGGAGUCCUGCCGCCUGGAUGAGUACAGGUCUGCUAGGCACUGCUGCAAGCUCUGUCCUGCUGGUGAGCAUGUUGGAGAGUCAUGCGUGAGCCCCCACACACAGGGAGAGUGUGCCAAGUGUGAGCCGGGGACGUUCACCAAGUCCGCCAACGGCCUGGACUCCUGCUUACUUUGCUCCACCUGUGGUGACGACCAGGAAAUGAUGGCCGAGUGCACUGCAACCAGGGAUCGCAUAUGCCAGUGCCGAAAGGGCCAUUUCUACCACGAUCCGGAGUCUUCAGAAAUCUGCCGUCAGUGUACCAAGUGUCCCCCGGAGACCUCCGUCCUCCAGGAAUGCAGCUCUACAGCGGACACAGUGUGUAGUUCAGCUGCUCCAAUUCACACAGGUUACGUGUACUGGCCCUAUAUCUUCUAUAGCCUAAUUCUUUAUUUCAUUAUGUCUGGCUGCUACUCCUGAAUAAAGGCAUACCUGGGUCACCCACCACCCACCAAGAUGAAACCAGAGAGCUCAUGACAGGUUGAGGCCAGGUUCUUGCGCUUCGUACCAGUAUAAUAGGCCAGCUCGGACAACAAAAUAAGACAUUAUCUCAAAACAAAACAAAAAAGGAGGGAUUGAAGGAAGAUAAGAGUACUGAAUGUAUUAGGAAAUUAAGAAUAAAUUAAGAUAGAUAUUAAGAGUGACUUUGAAAUGAAACUAGAAACUAGGAACUUCUCGGCUUCUCAGGCUCACUUAUCACUUCACACAGAAACUAUGUGAAACUGUGUGGAGCAGAUGGGGACUUGAGAGUCAAAACUAAGUAGCUUGAAUGCCUGUGUGUGAUAGAUAAGUAAUCGUAUGGGAGAAGCUGAAGUUACUGACGUAAGUCAGAAGGACUCCAGCCAAAAGAAACAUAGAAAAACUGACAGCUCGAGGACUUCAUCGAUGCUUGGCUACACGAGACGCUGACUCUGUGAGCCUCAUCCCGAUGCAUCGCCCGAGAGACCGAAAUUCUGCCCAAGGCCAGGCUGAAAUUCUGUUGGAUUGGAGAGAGCUUGCCAGAAUCAGACAUGAUCAGAGCCUGAGAACUGACAGCUCCAGCUGGGAGAGUGCAGCGAUCACGGCGGCGGAUGUUGAGUGACUCCACACGGACUACUGGAAGGACUAACCGCUGGAAGGUAUUCCCUUGAGACUUUGGGACUCUGAAUUGCUAGAGGACCGGGUUUCCCCUUGAGUGUUUGUGUUGAUGUGUAUUGUUAUGCUUUAACUGUGUGAUAAAUACAUAUU